AUGAUCUCAGGAGGAAAAGAUGCUGGAAAAGCCACACCUCGGAAUCAUUUGGAAACUCAACAUUUUUUAAUUCUUUCUUUUGACUUUUCACUUCUAAUCAUUUUCAUUUCUUUACCACAAUCUGACCUUUUGGGGGAGAGAAUUGUUAAUAGAAGUGCAGCCACAAAAAGAAUCUUUCUUUCACACCACUGCUGCAAGAGCCCAAGACUUUCUCAGUCAAAUCCGCCCACCCACUUCCAGAAACGUGUCAGCUGGAGUGAUCCAGCUGUCACUCAGGAGAUUUCCCUUUCUCCCAACACACUGCGCGACCAAGUUCUCUCAAUUCCCUGA